AUGACCGCCCUGUCUCCAUCCUGGCGAUCCGGCUUCCUCCGAGCCUCCUUUCGCUCUGUCCUGGUAUCAGCCUCCAGCCAAGCUCCCACUCGAGUCCGUUGGACCGUGCAGUUCUCUCCGUUCCAAUCCCGGACCAUGGCGACCACCAUCAACCCGCCCAGGGAUCCCAACACCCUGAGCAAUUACAACAAUUGGCUGUCCACCCACAUCACGGCCAACUUUGACAUUCUCUUCGAUCAGAAGAAGCUGGUGGGAAAUGUCAUCCAUAAGCUCAAGUCCAUCACCAACGCGGAAUCCACGGACAUUGUCUUGGAUACGAGCCAUGUCGACGUCACCGACGUCAAGGUGGACGGCAAGCCUUCCGUCUGGGAGCUUCUGCCCCCCGUGAAGCCCUACGGCACGGCGCUCAAGAUCAAACUUGACCAGGGCGUGAAAAUGGACGAGAUCGUUCAUGUCGAUAUCUCUGUCAAGACCACAGAGAAGUGUACCGCACUUCAAUGGCUCACUCCCGCCCAAACUUCAAACAAGAAGCAUCCGUAUAUGUUCUCUCAGUGCCAGGCCAUCCAUGCCCGGUCCAUCUUCCCUUGUCAGGAUACCCCUGAUGUCAAGAGCACCAUCGACUUCAACAUCACUUCCCCUCUUCCCGUGAUUGCUAGCGGACUCCUAGUGCGUGAUGCAUCGGGAGCCCCGCAGACUGGUGGUAAGAAUCUGUAUCAGUUCCACCAGAAAGUGCCAAUUCCCAGCUAUCUGUUCGCCUUGGCUAGUGGUGAUAUCUCCGAGGCUGCAAUCGGACCCCGAAGCGUCGUGGCAACGAGCCCAGACAAGCUUCGUGAAUGCCAAUGGGAGCUUGAAGCUGACACUGAGAACUUUAUCAAUGCCAUCGAGAAAAUUGUUUACCCCUAUGUUUGGGGCGAAUACAACGUCUUGAUUCUCCCGCCGAGUUUCCCUUAUGGUGGCAUGGAGAACCCCAUUUUCACCUUCGCCACUCCCAGUAUCAUCUCCAAGGACAGGGAAAACGUCGAUGUCAUUGCUCAUGAGCUUGCCCACAGCUGGAGUGGUAACCUUGUCACCAAUGCUUCCUGGGAGCACUUCUGGCUGAACGAAGGCUGGACGGUCUAUCUCGAGAGACGGAUUCUGGCUGCUGUACACGGCGAAGCCUAUCGCCAUUUCUCCGCCAUCAUCGGCUGGAAAGCACUCUCAGACUCGGUGGAUCAUUUCGGCCAUGACCACGAGUUCACCAGACUGAUCACCGAUCUGAAGGGCAAAGACCCCGAUGAUGCAUUCUCAAGCAUCCCGUACGAAAAGGGCUUCAACUUUUUGUUCCACCUUGAGAACUUGGUGGGCAAGCAGAAAUUCGACCAAUUUAUCCCCCACUAUUUCACGAAAUUCAAGGGCAAGUCUCUCGACUCUUACGAGUUCAAGGCGACUAUCCUGGACUUCUUCAAAUCGGAUGCCGAGGCCUCUAAGCUCCUGAACGAGCUUGAUUGGGACACCUGGUUCUAUGCUCCUGGGUUGCCUCCCAAGCCGAAGUUCGAUACAUCCCUCGUCGACGUCGUCUACGACCUGGCAAAGAAGUGGCAAUCCAUUCCCGAGUCGUCCUUCAAGCCACAGCCGAGUGAUAUCAAGGACUUGACCGGAAACCAGAUCGUGGUGUUCCUGGAACAGGUCCUUCUCUUCGAACGCCCACUCGCCCCGGAAUUGUCGAAGCUCAUGGGCGAGGUUUACGGGCUUGCCAAGAGCGCAAACAUCGAGGUCGCCAACCUGUACUUCCGAGUCGGCUUGAAUGCUGGCGAUGAGAGCGUUUUUGAGCCCACCGCCGACCUGCUGGGCAAGAUCGGAAGAAUGAAAUUCGUGCGGCCGCUGUAA